AAAGGAAAGUAAAAUGUAGAAACUGAAAACGGGGAAGUGAAAAAUUUACCGUCGGUGACAGGCCGACAGAUGUCUUUCUUCCUCGAAAAGCUCACUGCAGCUCAAACGAAACUUUCCGCGCACAAAAUUCAUUGGCUUUCACACAUGAAUUGGGAUAUGGAGAUUGAAGAAAUAGAAGCUGUUCUCGAGAAAAUCUGGGACCUUCACGACAAAUUGAGCGACGCCAUUCACUCAAUUUCCCGCACCCACUUCCUCAACUCCGUCAGAAAACUAAGGAAGUCGGAUAAGAAGAAACCCUGCAACGACGUCGUUGAAGAGAAUCGGUCUGGGUUUGUCUUCGUCAAGGACUUUCGUGUCUAUGAUAAUGACUCCGCGAUUCAAGAAGCUAAGAGUCUCAAUGCUAUCAGGACUGCUCUAGAGAACCUCGAGGAUCAGUUGGAGUUCUUCCAUACUGUACAAAUACAACAGCGGGCUGAGAGAGAUGCUGCAAUUGCUCGGUUAGAACAAAGCAGGAUUGUUUUUGCAAUGAGAUUAACUGGGCACCAUGGUAAGAAGUACAAAGUCAUUGAAGAAGCUCUAGCUUUUGUUAGGGAUGUAGAUGAUGCAAGUCGCUUUGUUUCUCCUGAAAAUAUUUAUGGUGCGUCUCAAUGUCCAUCUGGUGAGUAUCUUGUCGGGCAUGAAGAGAAGGGGUCUAACAUUGCAAUCAAAGUUCUCAUUUCAAGUUUUGAUUUUGUGAGGAAAUCCCUUAAAUUGGAUCAUAUGGGUGGGUUGCUGGGCAAUGCUGCUUUAUUUGCAGUUAGCAUGAUUGCAUUGCUCUAUCUGCAUCCAGUAGCUUACAAGAAGCACCCAUAUAAGCAAGAAGAACUCAUCUACAACAAUAGAAAUUUGAGGAAAGCUCCUCAGGUUGAAAGAUCUUCAUCCAGUGUUAAAUUGGAUCACUUGGAUGUGAUGAUGGCCAGGGGUUGAAAUUUACGAGCUUGAAAAUUUUCAGUUGUUUGCUAAAAAUGGGAAGCCAUGAUGUUCUUGUUAAUCUAGAAGUUUGGUUAUUUUUUGAUUUCUUCUCACGAAAUUCUUAGAGCUUGCAAGAUUCUUAGCAACUUAGCAUGAUUUGAUACCAAUUUUAGAUUGCCACGCAGAUUCUUGUUGAGUAGGAAUGAAUUUGAGGUGCCAAUGGCAAUAUUCGGCUUGUGGUUGUUGAUAAGCUUUCUUUUCCCUAAGAAAUUCAUUAUGUACUCCCCAACUUAUAACUGAGCUGAAAUGAGAAAGACACUCGUGUAUGCAGCAGCAAAUCUUUAAAA